AUCGUCCCCGGCUCCCCCAGCGCGGCCCCUCCGGCAGAGAGCAGAACCCGUGCCCUGCGCGGCACCGUUUCCAUUGGCAACGCGCGGUGACCGGUACCGGGGCCUGGCACCGCCUGAGGCCCCGAACCGCCGCAGGACGCUCUGGAGGCGGCUCCCGGAACAGGGCUUCUCAGCCCGCGUCCCGGCCUCAGGGGCAUGACCUGCGGGAGCACCGAGGGGCGUGAGGAGUCCCGGGGACAGAGUCCGAGUGUGAAGGAGGACUCGUUCAACGUGCUGGACCUGGCGGAGUACACCAAGAAUCGGCCCUGGUGGCGCAAGGUCUUUGCCCCCAGCUCGGGGUCGAGCGCGGAGAAAUACAGUGUGGCCACACAGCUGGUGAUUGGAGGGGUCACGGGAUGGUGUACUGGAUUCAUCUUCCAGAAAGUUGGAAAGCUGGCAGCGACAGCGGUGGGAGGUGGCUUUUUCCUACUUCAGAUUGCAAACCACACAGGAUACAUUAAAGUGGACUGGAAGCUGGUAGAACGGGACGUGAACAAAGCCAAGCAGCAGCUGAAAUUUCACAGCAGUGGUAACAAAAUGUCUCCAGAAGUGAAAAGCAGAGUGGAUGAGGUGAUCAUAUUUCUGAAGAAGAAUAUUAUCCUGACUGGAGGGUUUGCUGGAGGAUUCCUGCUCGGAAUGGCGUCCUAGAAACUGUGCUCGACUCUCCCUUCAUGCCCAGCCUUCCCUCCCCUCCUCUACUGCUGUUCUCUCUCACUUAUAAAGUCAAAGGAUGUUGCCGA